UGUUACACGUCAAAAAUUUUUGUCUUGCCCGCCGAAUAUUUGGAGCGUUCCAAACACAUAUUAUAAAGAGACAAAAUGCAAAUUUAAAUAACAGCGUGUUUCCCCACUUAAUUGUACUGUAAACCAUACAAAUUUUUGUCAGAAGUCCUUCGCUAUGGCCCUGGAGGGCGAGGGUUACCCCAAAUGCUCCUCUAACGACACAGAGGAAGAGGAAAAUUUCGAAAUUAGCGCGUAUAAAAAGGAUGCCUGUAGGGUGAUCACUUUUAGGUUGGUUUACAAAGAGGAGGAUCUAAAGUCAAAUGAUGUAAUUGCCCUUACGUUUACACCAGAGAUGGCACAUCAGGUUUUCGGUGAAAGUGAGUCAAUCUUUGGCUACCGAAACCUCUCAAUCUACCUAAACUACUUGCACAACUCAUGCCGUUGUUUUCUGGAUAUAAAUAGCCGAGGAAAGCUCGAAAGUAACACAAUGAAACCCGAUGAUAUCGAACAAAUCCUAGACCAAUGGCUGCCAAAAAAUUAUACCACAAAGGAAGAUGAAUUUAUCAAAUGGAUUAAAGAGGAAGAGCAUGAUAAAAUAUAUGGAGAAAUUCUCAAUACAAUCGAGAAAGAUCUGAAAACCAAAUACCACAUCACCAAAAAUGACAUCAAAGAUAAAGAGUUUACUGAAUUUCAUGCCAGAUUUGAAACAUUUAUAAUAUGGUUUAUAGAUGCCGCUAAUUUUAUAGAUUUAGAGGAUCACAGGUGGAAUAUUUUUUAUGUGUAUGAAGAGAGGGAUAAUAAUAAGACCCCAGUAGGGUUUUGUACGGUUUAUAUGUUUUAUGCUUAUCCAAGUAACAUAAGGGCUAGAGUAAGUCAGUUUUUUAUUUUGCCCUCGCAUCAGAGACAAGGGAUCGGUACUAUGCUUUAUGAGACUGUGUCAAAGCAUUUAAGGAAUAUGGAGGAAGUGAUUGAUAUUACCGUUGAAGAGCCCACACCAGCCCUGCAGAGAAUUCGAGAUCUAGAGGACUGCGGCAUCCUACACAAAACCCUCCUCGAAAACCAAAUAAAUUUCUCGACGGCAAGUUGGAAGAAAAUCUUCGAUUUAGGUCGACAGAAAAAGAUCGGAAAACGGCAAAUGCGACGGGUCUAUGACAUUUUGUCGUUGUUUUAUGCCCACGAUAAGGGACCGAAGGCGAGCGAACAGGUUCUGACCGGGAUUUUCAAUAGGAUAAUCGAGGAAACCGAGAGGGAAUCCCGGCCCAGUAAACGGUUUCGUAACGUGAAAGGGAUCCCGCAGCCCUCCGGGAUCGAUAAAAGUCAACAAAUCGAACAGGAACUGAGAAAUUAUUGCGAGGAUAUCGAUCCUUCCGUGAAAUAUUUGCAACAAAAGCUCGACAAUUGGUUGAAGAUGCAGUAGGCUAAGAGUGAAGUUAUCCACAUAGAAUUAAUUUGUUUAUAGUUUAAGAGUCAUAUCUCCUUAUGUAGUGAUUUUUUUUAAGCUGCUGUUUAUGUAUAAAUACUAAUGUGUCUUUUAAUAAAAUAUAAAAAACGA